GCCCUGGGCUGUCGUGGUCUUGUUCUGCUCAUUGACAGUCGACAGUUUUAGAGAAGUGACGCGAAGGAAAGGACCUCCAGCGUUGCUCUUCAUGGCAGCCAGCACACCACUUCCAUGUGAGGGUGAAGCCUCGAACAUUUGCCCUGGGCUGUGGUGGUCUUGUUCUGCUCAUUGACAGUCGAGAGUUUUAGAGAAGUGACGCGAAGGAAAGGACCUCCAGCGUUGCUCUUCAUGGCAGCCAGCACACCACUUCCAUGUGAGGGUGAGCUCGAGCCCCAUCGGAGCUAAUAUAUAUCAAAUAUUUGAGUUUCCAUAUUCACCGGCAGAGCUGUAAUCUUGUACACUCAGUUUGGUCACUAGUGCACAUCGAACACCUCUCUACUCUCUCAGUUCGAAUUCGCAAAAGAGUGCAAGAAGUCUUAAGUUUUCUUUGGGUGAGCUGGUCCUGCGGAUCGAGGAGGGGGCCUCCUGUAGUCCCGGUCACGUUUCGCUCACGCAUGUAAAGCAGCAAACGGUUCUUCCUCUGUGAGAGAGAGAGUGGAGGAGAGAAUGGAAAGUGCAGGUGCGUCCAUCGUCAGGGAUCCUGCUGAACUUGCGACAGGGGGGAUGGACUCCGCAGACGAGGAACUGAAGCUUCCUUCCGCUGUUCAGGACCUUAUACGGAAGCUGGAUAACAAAACCGAGCCUUUACGGUGGCUUCCCACAUUAACCUAUCCACAAUUUCAGGAUUUUUUUCCGCAGCGUGCAUUGCUUUUGACUAUCACAGGGUGGCAAAGCCAAGUUCGCCUUCGAGUGCUGGAGGCAAUCGGCAGCUGCAACACCCUUCAAUAUCUGGACGUUCAGGAUAUUUUUAGCGGAGAUAUUUCGAGGCUAACGGCUAACGAGUGGGAGGUACUUCUGAGGGGUUUUAGCUGUAGCACCCAUCUACGAGUGAUAAGAGUUGAAAGAUUGACAUGGACCUCACUUGCGGAAUUGGAGAGCUUGUGUUUACAGCUGGGGGGAAUUCUGAGAACCUCUAGUGUAACAGAUAUGAGAAUUGGCGAUUGCAGAUUGAGUGAUAGAUGUUUCUUGAAUCUCGCAUCAAGACUGGGAGGAAAUUACCAGUCUAAACUCAAGACUUUAGAACUAUGUAAUGCAUGGAAGGACUCGAGUGCGAUGAAGCAUAUGGCUGACAUGAUCAAGAGUGCUACUCGAUUAGAAACUUUGGAAAUAGGGGGUUCAUGGGAGCGCAUGUACGACAUGGAUGAGGAGGCCGCUAGAAUCCUGUCGCAGGCUUUAAUCCAGAGCUCAUCCUUGAGAAAAUUGGUUCUAAGGGAGGUGAAGGGCGAAGCGUCGGCCUUCUUGCUGAAGGCCUUCAGCAAGAAGGCAUUGGAUGGAGAUGGCGGCAAUCAAGCUAUUCAAUGUCUUCAUCUAAUUUCUGUGUUUGGACUCGGAGACUCUUUACGAGAACUUCUGAGCUCCAACCCAUACUUGGAGGAAGUGACGUUGGCAGCCAUCGACAUGCGUCCCGAAGAAUGGAGCCGACUGGGCCAAGCCAUACGCGAGAAUGCUACAGCAAAAUCUAUUCGCGUAACCCAUUUCAUGCGUCAGAAAGAUGACUUGAAGGGAGUAGAAGAGCUUGUGUGUGCUGCUAGCUCAGAUGAUAAGGACCCCAAAGUGGAGCUGAUUAUCACAUUUUACGAUUACGAUGCAUUGAUCUCAGCACUCAACUUUGUGGGUGAGGUAUUGCGCGGAGAAAUCAGAUCUCUAGAAUCUUUGAUUCUAUAUUUCAAUUGUUCUUGCCCUCCAGGCAGCAACGAAAAUAGAAUGCCAAGUAUCGUCCCAAUGGAUGAAAAUCUUAGAGACACUACAGUCCUGAAGAGACUGAAAUUAUUUAUUCAAAGGAAAGAUACUUUGAAGGGAGUAUGGAAGUACCUGCUUGUGUGCUUGCGAAAUAACACAAGUCUCACUCAAUUGGAUUUGUCUGACUCUGAACUCUCUGACUCUGAACUCGAUGACGAGGCGUUCAGAGACCUGAUGGGGCUACUUCAAAAGAACUUGACUCUCCGGGCGAUAGAAGUCUCAGGAACCUCAUGGCAAACGGACGGAAAGGCGGCGCUGAUUCAACAGGCCCUCGAGCAGAACCGGAAGCGGGCAGAAUACAUGGCCGUGUUCCGAGAAGCCAGAUUAGCGUUUGGAGAUGCAAAAGCCGGUCGACUCUUUUUAUGCGGCUCUCCUCUAGCAGGCAAGACUCAAUUGCGUCAAACCCUGAUGAGGAUAGUUCAAGGCAAAAGUUGGCUUGGGGACAAAGUGGCAAGGUUGUUCAGAACUACAGGAAUUGAAGUGGAGUUUUUACAAAACAAUGAGAAGAGGCAAAUCUCAAUUUGGGAUCUUGCGGGACAAGAGAUUUUUCGUACUCUUCAAAAUGUGCUUUUCCCUCCAACUAGCAGUUUUUGUGUUUUUCUCUUUGUGUAUAGUCCUUUCUGUCAGAAAACACCUUCGUCCAAAUCUUCAGAAAAUCUUCAGAUAGAAUUGGAGGAGUGGUUGAGUUUCAUCACAUCCUGCACGAGGGUCACGGGAGAUAAUCUUCCACAAGUUCUUGUUGUGAUUUCACACAAGGAUAAAAUUGAAUCCAAUCCUUUGACAUGGGCUCAACCAAUAGUGGAAAACCUGUCAAAAAAAUUUGCAGAAUUUGUGGAUGUACAACCUAUUCAAGAGCAUUUUCAUAUAAAUGCUCGAAAGAAGAAGCAAGUUGUUCCUCUCAAAAAUCACAUUUUUCAAAUAUUUGAAAAGUUGUUGAGUGAAAGGUACCCACAGGUUCCUAAAGUGUGUUUUCAACUCUCCUCCGACUUGGUUACAAACACCAAGAAUCACUCAAGUUGUCCUCUUUGGACAUCUCAACAAUUUCAUGAAUUCUGUACCUCUAGGUUGAGAAAACUCAUUCCAUCUUCUUCUCCUCUCUUCGUUGAUCAUUCAAGUAUAAUUAGUUCCAUCAAAUCCUAUUUAAAUGACGUUGGAUCUAUAGUUCAUAUUCCCAAUCUUGAUUAUAUCAUCGUCAAUCCAAAUUGGCUCACGAAUACAUUAUUGGGUGAGCUGAUAGCUUUUGGUCAAAAUUUUCAAGCUCAAGAUUCUGAGUCUUCUGAUAGAUGGAGCUCAUACACAAGCAAGGACGGAUUUGUGAGUGAGAGUGUCUUUGCUCGGUUGAUAGAAGAGUUUCUAGAAAAGCAACCACAUGGACAGAGAAGUGUGGAUAGAGAGGUGCUUGAAAACAUCCUUAUCAAUUUGGAUUUGUGUUUCAAGCUCGAAGAUACUUCUCAGUAUUUUAUUCCCUCCUUCAUACCUGAGCAUGCAAGCAUGGAAGAAGAGUCGGCCGUACAGUCGAUGGCUUGGGAAACUUGGAAUGAGACUUCAAAGUUUGCGGGCAUGCGGAUUGAAUGCCAAGAUGCAAGAACAAUGUCACUGACCGCAGCUUUUUUUCCAUGCUUCCAGAUGUUCAUGAGACGCAAGUUGAUAUCGGAGAUGGGUGUUUCCAAGGAGACUGUGACCUGCUCUCGACAUUCUAUGCAUAUUUUCCUUGACGGGCAUGAAAUUUAUGUGGAGCAAGACAAGUCGCACAAAUACGUGGAUGUUCUGAUGUUAUGCUCGAGUCAUCAGCCAAGGGAGAUGGCUACUAAAUAUGUGAUGAAGCAUAUCGUCCAGGAGUUGAUAUCAUUUUGCGCAUCAUCGAAAGGUUGUCCCGGGGUGGCGUUAGUGUUGGGUGUGAUCCAAACACAUUGCGUGGAGAUGUUGAUUCCAAGUGAUCUCAGAGGAGCCAUUCUGAUGGAGGAGUUGAAAUCAGAAUACAUUUGUAGCAUCAAUGACAAACUUGAAGAUAUUCCGUUGGAUCGUUUGCACGUUGGAUCGUUUGAAGAGUUAUUCGACUAUGAGCACUUUUGGCCCUUGAUUGAAGGGUACCUAGGAAAGGAGGGGGAAAGAGCUAGGGAUUUGCUGCAGAAGAGCGAUGUGAAAGCGAUUGUGAAAGCGAUUCGAAAAACUAUUGAAAUCAAAUACAAAAUCAUGUAUUAUGCUGCAAAGGCUGGACUGGAUGGGAUCCUCGGGAUAGGACAAGCAAUUCCGGAAUGGGGAGAUUUAACAUUUGAUAUUCAUAAAAUAGAUGGCAUUAGCGAUCGAGAUCGCAGGGCAGUUCUAAAAGGUGGGGAAAGCAAGGAGCUGAAUGAAGCAUGACUGAGGAUUCAGCAAAUUCUUGCGCCUGAGCUUCAAAAGCGCUAUUCCAAAAUCUUCAAGUUGUAUCAGGUGAAGUACGUGAGUUUAGAAAAAGGUGGGCAUGCAUGGGUGUGCGAAGAGUGCAUGAAUAAAGGCCUUCGUAGUAGAAGUUUGACAUGUUAGGAUUUAGAACAGGUUAGAAUGCCAUUAUGCAAUUGACAAGCAUAUGUUUAGACCCUCAUGCAAUAUACAACUCUGCAAAUUCUUCCUUGCAGUUUUCACAAGGAAGAAGUCUUCU